AUGGCUCCGAAUAAUUUGUAUACAAACCGGCCACCACCCCAAGUUCGCUAUGAGAAUAGUGGCCCUGGAAAAGUUGAAGGUAGCAGCAGUCUGUGUGGCAGCUUGUGUGGCUACGUCAUUAUCUUCUUUUCCUAUUUCCUUGUCUUCAUCUUUGCCCCAUUCUCCUUGUUCUUUUGCAUCAAGGUUGUUCAGCAAUACGAACGAGCUGUCAUCUAUAGAUUAGGUAAACUUGGAUCUGGCGGAGCCAAAGGUCCAGGACUCUUCUUCAUUCUGCCUUGUGUUGAUUCAUGCCAGAAAAUUGACAUGCGAACCAUCUCGUACAACAUACCCCCGCAAGAGGUCCUUACCAGAGAUUCAGUAACAAUUGCAGUAGAUGCUGUGGUCUUCUAUAGGAUUCAAAAUGCUACCGAUUCGGUUAAUAAUGUAAACGAUGUCGGAAUGUCAACUCAACUCUUGGCCCAGACGACCCUGCGAAACACUCUUGGUAUAAAAACUUUAACUCAGAUUUUAUCAGAGAGGGAAUCGAUUUCACGCGAUAUUCAAGAACAUCUGGGAGAAGUUUCAACUAGAUGGGGCGUUAACGUAGAAAGGGUAGAGCUAAAAGAUGUUCGUCUGCCCAUGUCAAUGCAGAGAGCUAUGGCGACCGAAGCAGAAGCCACGAGAAAUGCAAGAGCUAAGAUAAUCGCAGCUGAAGGAGAACAACAAGCUUCGCUGGCCCUGAAAGAAGCUGCAGACAUGCUGAGUCAAUCACCUUCCGCAUUGCAACUAAGAUACUUACAAACACUAUGCACCGUAGCGGAAGAAAAAAACUCGACCAUAAUAUUCCCUCUUCCAAUGGAGUUUUUGUCUCAAUUCAGGCACCUCAAGCAGUUUUAAGGCCAAUGACUUGAACGCUUAUAUACAUUGACUUCUGCUUUAUAUCAAACAUGCUCAACUUUUUUUUGACAACGAUUUGAUUAUAAUAAAUAACGACUUCACUUCGUGCAGUAUAAAAAAAAACAAAAAACUGACUUUAUUUUAACGCAGAGAUGGGCAAACAUUUUGCUGUGAGGGCCGCAUUGAUAGCUAUUUUACCUUUUACCUAUGUUCUUAAAUAGCAAAUUUUUUCGACCCGGGGAAGAAUUUUUUUAAGUAAGAUUUGUGGUUCUUUUUUUGGUCAUAAUUUCUGGCAGACGUCCUUUUUUUUGGCGGACCACAAAAUAGCGGGCCGUAGUAUGCCCACCUCUGUUUUAACGCAAAACUGAAAUUUUUCUUACAGAUUACUCAAGCAUUUCAACCAACUAACAUUUUUCAAUAGAUUAUUUUAUAAUUUUUUUAUAUUUAUUUUUAAUGUAUUAGUUAUUUGCAAACUCGACAUUAUUUAUAUUUUGACUUUGAGCCGACAAAAUAUUUUUAUGAUAA